GAGAGAGAGAGAGAGAGACCAGAGCCCCACCUCCGCCUCUGAGGGACCUGGAAAUCACCAAGAUGUCCAUAGGGAGCUUCAGUUUGCUUCAUCCCUGGAGUGAGUUAAAGGAUGAUAUAGGACUUCUUGAAAAUUGAAGGGGCGGGGGAGGGAUAUCAGGUGCUAGGAUGAUGGGUCUGCACGCUUGGAGUAGUCUGGGACGACUCAGGAUACUUCAGUACCCAGAGAACUGCAGGUAGCUAACAGGUCGUGGAAAACCAAGGAUCCCAAGGCAAGAGGAUUUGAAGCUCCGAGGGAGGCGUGAUCUGGGGGGAGGUUGGGGGGGGGGUCAAGUAGAGUUUCGGAGUUCAGGCGAAGCUGGCAGCAUGGCAGGGGUGGUGUGGAUAGAAAAAGCCUGUGAGAGCUCUGCUGGCAGAGCAGACUGCACCUGAGGCCCGGCUCGUGGAGGGAGGGGCGUGCGCCGGGCGAACGGAGCUCCCGCGGCCGGGGGACGCGCGGCAGCGCGGGGAUUGGAGGGCGCUCGCGGGCCCCGUGCGCUACUUAGGCGGAGCGGUGGAGCGGAGCUUGUGCGCGCGACCCCAGCCCGCUGCUUGGUCCUUGGUGCAGAGCGCUCAGCUGCUCCACCGCGUUCCGCCGCCUGGGGUGGGCACCCCAAAGCAUGAACAUGCCCUCAACACUGCCCCCCGGGGUCGAAGACACCACCUGGACCCCCGGAACCAACGCCAGCAGCGCUCCGGAGGAGGAGGAGGAUGCGGUGCGGUCCGACGGCACGGGGACAGCGGGCAUGGUCACCAUCCAAUGCAUAUAUGCGCUCGUGUGUCUGGUGGGCCUGGUGGGCAACGCCCUGGUCAUCUUCGUGAUACUACGCUAUGCCAAGAUGAAGACAGCCACCAACAUCUACCUGCUCAACCUGGCGGUCGCCGAUGAGCUCUUCAUGCUGAGCGUGCCAUUCGUGGCCUCGGCGGCCGCCCUGCACCACUGGCCCUUCGGGGCGGUGCUGUGUCGCGCAGUGCUUAGCGUGGAUGGCCUUAACAUGUUCACCAGUGUCUUCUGCCUCACCGUGCUCAGCGUGGACCGCUAUGUGGCUGUAGUGCACCCUUUGCGCGCCGCCACCUACCGGCGGCCCAGCGUGGCCAAGCUAAUCAACCUGGGAGUGUGGCUAGCAUCCUUGUUGGUCACCCUGCCCAUCGCAGUCUUCGCUGACACCAGGCCGGCUCGCGGGGGCGAGACCGUGGCUUGCAACCUGCACUGGCCUCACCCAGCCUGGUCUGCGGUCUUUGUGAUCUAUACUUUUUUGUUGGGCUUCCUACUCCCCGUUCUGGCCAUUGUAUGCUACCUGCUGAUUGUGGGCAAGAUGCGUGCCGUGGCCCUGAGGGCUGGCUGGCAGCAACGGAGGCGCUCAGAGAAGAAGAUCACGAGGCUCGUGCUGAUGGUGGUGACCGUCUUUGUGCUGUGCUGGAUGCCCUUCUAUGUGGUGCAGCUUCUGAAUCUGUUUGUCACCAGCCUCGAUGCCACAGUCAACCAUGUGUCCCUCAUCCUCAGCUAUGCCAACAGCUGUGCCAACCCCAUUCUCUAUGGCUUCCUCUCUGACAACUUCCGGCGCUCUUUCCAGAGGGUUCUGUGCCUGCGCUGCUGUCUCCUGGAAACGACUGGAGGUGCUGAGGAAGAGCCCCUGGACUAUUAUGCCACCGCUCUCAAAAGCAGAGGGGGCGCAGGAUGCAUAUGCCCCCCACUGCCCUGCCAGCAGGAGCCCAUGCAAGCAGAACCUGGCUGCAAGCAAGUCCCUUUCACCAAGACUACUACUUUCUGAAAACCAUUUUCACCCUCCCUCAGCUCAUCUGCAAAAGGUCGCACCACCCUCUCAGCCCAGCAACUUCAAGAACAACUUCUGUUUUCAGGAAGCCAGCCCCUUUCAGCAGUCUGCGCUGUCCUUAGGAGCCUCGGAACUCCUGCUAGCCCCACUCCCAGGACGGGCUCCAAGGACACUUCCAUGGGGGUAGGACUCCUCUGGGAAUUGGGUUAGAGAACCAGCCAUUCCUGAACCUCUGGCAGUUUUUCAAGGGGUGAGAAAGAGGAGGUGGUCAGAAAGUCAUGUCUACCCUUGUGUGACUUGUGACAGUGACUGCUUGGAAGAGCCCCGGGGAGGUGAGGUAGGCAGAGCCCCUUCCCCCUGCAGGCCCUUUGCCUUAUGGUGGUAGAAUAGUGUACAUGGUGAAACAGGAGAAGAUAAGAUACCUCCAAGUGCUUUCCCUGAGUCUGUUUGAGACUCUUGUUGCUAAGUGAGACGUCUAUGCAACAGCUGAGUGGACUUGCUUUGUCACCCUACAAGUGUCUCCCAGUUGUCAAGAGGCCAGGAACAGACUUCCUGUGAAUGCAAAAGGUUUAUAGAAAUAUGAUGUGGGGGUUGCUGCAAAGCAUAAAACUUCUGGUCAGGAAUUAAAAGGCAGAAAGGAUAAAAAUCUCAUCUGCUGCAUUUUUUUUUCCACCUCUUUCCCUGGCUACAGGAAUAGGAAGCCUCAUUAAAGCCCAAGUUAUGCUAUGAGGGGAGGGUGUCAGGAAAAGACUAGAGAACUAGGGUGGAGGGGAAACAGACUGUGUUUUGACACCAGAUGCUGACUACAGUGAAAGGCCAUCCCUGUGUGCCUGGUAAGUUAGCCGCAGCUCCAGUGAUCUUUCCCCUGAGAAAGAGAGAUUCACAGUCUGUGAGAGCUUUGCUUCUGCUAAAAUAGUGGGGGAAGCCAAGCAGAUGCUGCCUCUGAGUGAGGAGUGGCUGACCACAGCCCACAUCUGUACAGCAAAAGAGCCUGCUGAGUUCUACCGACCCAGUGCUGAUGGUACUAGAACAGUGAGUCAGAGGGGCAGGAGAAAGACAGGGUAGUCGCUGGGCAGUUUCCACAGCUGCCUGGCAGGGGCGUAUGGUCUUUAAAAGAAAACACCUGGGUCCUGUCAUCUUAGAAAACAUCUCUCUCUGUGUUCUAGGGCAGUCAGCAUGAGUUCUAACUGUUGGGAGGCUACUGGGAACCCAGACUGGCCCAAGAGGCAGGGUGGGGCCCAAGGACACGCCCCAUCACCACGUGGGUUA